CCCUCACGCCAUUUGUCCAUCGCCCCUUCGACCAUCGUAGCCGCUCGCCGGUACAAACCCGAUGACGACGAGCCUGGAAAUGGACGCCGCCUCGCUCUUCCUCUUCCUCCACCGAGCCGCCCUCUCCCCCAUCAUCGGCUUCGCUCUCAUUGCCUUUGCCGUCCUCUUCUUCUUCCCCGGCGGUCUCUCCUGGGCCCUCAGCAAACCCCACGGCCGCUCCUCCAUCCCAGGCCCGCCUGGCGUCGCCGUCUCCGCCUUCUCCGGCCCAUCCGCGCACCGAGAGCUCCUAACUCUCUCACGCUCCUUCAAAGCCACCGACUUGAUGGCCUUCUCUGUCGGCUUCACUCGCUUCGUCGUGUCGAGCCACCCCAACACGGCGAAGGAAAUUCUCUACAGCUCCGCCUUCGCCGACCGCCCCGUCAAGGAGUCCGCCUACGAGCUUCUCUUCCACCGCGCUAUGGGCUUCGCCCCCUUCGGCGACUACUGGCGUAAUCUUCGCCGGAUUUCCUCCGCCUACCUAUUCAGCCCUCGCCGCAUCGCCUCGCUCGGCGAGCAGAGAAGAGCAAUCGGGAACAAAAUGGUCUCGGACGUCCGCGCCCUCAUGAAAAACCACGGUGAGGCGGAGAUGAGACGAGUCCUGCAUUUUGCGUCGCUGAACAACGUGAUGAUGAGUGUGUUCGGCAAGAGCUACGACGACUUGGGCGACGGCGAGGCGUCGGAGCUGGAGUGGCUGGUCAAGGAGGGCUACGCGCUCCUCGGCGCCUUCAAUUGGUCCGACCACUUCCCUUUUCUGCGCUGGCUCGACUUGCAAGGCGUGAGGAGACGAUGCCGGCGUCUAGUGAAGAGGGUGAACGUCUUCGUGGGUCGCCUCAUCGAGCAGCACAGAGACAAGAAGACCAAUGGCAAAGAGAUGGAUGAUGCAGGAGACUUUGUCGACGUUCUGCUCGGUUUAGAAGCAGAGGAGAAGCUUGCUGACGCCGACAUGGUCGCUGUUCUCUGGGAAAUGAUCUUCCGGGGGACGGACACAGUCGCCAUCCUCUUGGAAUGGGCACUGGCCAGAAUGGUACUGCAUCCUGACAUCCAAUCCAAGGCGCGUCAAGAAAUCGACUCUGUCGUCGGAUCUCGCCCCGUCUCCGACGCCGACGUCGGCAGCCUCCCUUACCUUCAAUUCAUCAUAAAAGAAUCCCUCCGAAUGCACCCGCCAGGUCCCCUGCUUUCGUGGGCUCGCCUCGCCACCCGCGACGUCCACGUCGGCUCCCACCUCGUCCCCGCCGGCACCACCGCAAUGGUGAACAUGUGGGCGAUCGCCCACGACGAGUCGCUCUGGCCAGACCCUCACGAGUUCCGGCCGGAGCGGUUCGCGGAGGAGGACGUCAGCGUGCUGGGCUCCGACCUCCGGCUGGCGCCGUUCGGCGCCGGCCGGAGGGUGUGCCCGGGCAAGGCCAUGGGCUUAGCCUCCGCCCACCUCUGGCUCGCGCUGCUCCUUCAAAAUUUCGACUUCUUCCCCGCUCCCCGCGGCGUCGACCUCUCGGAAUGCCUGAAGAUGUCACUGGAGAUGCAGAAGCCAUUAACCUGCAUGGCUGUUUCAAGGACCUGAAUCAAAUCAAUCAAUCAAUCAAUUUCCUAGCAAACCAUAUCAAAUCAAAUCAAGUUUAGUGCUCGGAGAACGUUUUGUUGUGCAUAUCUCCAUGGCACCUGUGACGUGACUCUAUAUAAUUAGCCUGCCUAGGUAUCAUGGGUGAAGUGUAAAUAGCCGUGGGGUUCGGCUUUGUUAUCAUAUCUACUUUGUCCUUAGUUAUAUUAUGAUUGUCUACUCGGUCAAAUACACAUGCAAUGACUGUACGAUCAGCUCUGUGGAUUAUAUAUGUGUGCCUGAGUCAUCUAAUAA